ACCCAUAAUUAAGCAGAAUAGCCACUGUUGUUUUCUUGGCUUUCUGGUAUAAUAUAAAUAGUUUAUAUCGGCCAAAAGAAAGAAAUUGUGUUAACGAGCGAAAUCAUCGAGCAUCAACAGACAUUUCAACUGUUAAUACAAUUAUUAAAAAUAUUACAAUAUCAACAACCAUAAAACUAACAGUCACUUUAUCUUUGAAGUGAACACUUUUAUUGCAUAUUUUCAUCUACUGGUGACUAAAACAAUAAUUAACACAAUAACUAGAAAAUAAUGUCUAAUGUUAAACCAGUAAAUUCUAAAUCUUCACAUCUCGAAAGGACUAAAUCGAAUUCUCCUCCAAAGGAUAUCGCUCCUAUAACAUCAGGUGGUAGUGGUAAAGUAUAUUAUUCUACUGGUAGAGGUGGGGCCGGUAAUAUUAAAACGUCAAAUACGCUCCCAUCUCCUAAAUUAGUUCCUCAAGGUUCAGCCACUCCUAAGUUACAAACACCUAAAAUAACAACCGGAAGAGGAGGAUAUGGUAACAUGAUAAAUAAUGACGAUCCUGAGUUGGCCCGUAAGCUUCAAGAUGUGGAUCCCACCCCUACAAAAUCUCCAAAAAAUGAAGAUAAAUUAUAUUCUGUAGCCUCUAAUAAAUCUUUUUCAGUGGGAAGAGGUGGAUUUGGUAAUGUAGUAUCAACAAAAUCCAGUGGUAGUCAACAUCUGGGUGAUCAACCAAACAAUUUAUAUGCUGUAACUUCAUAUAAUGACAAGAAUGCUCACAAGGAGAAGAAGGGUUUCUUAGGUAAAAUAAAGGAAAUCUUUGGAUCAUAGUCAUCCUUUUCUGUCCACCAAUUCAUGAUAUAGCCUACUCCAAAUAUUAUGCUGCAUAGU